CCGCUUCGGUCGGACCGGCCUGCGCCACGCGGCCGGGAAGAAGCCGCUGCUGCCGUCGAUGUGGUGAUUGCUUUCCUUGUCCCUCCCUUUCCCUCUCUCUCUUUCCCUCUCUCUCCCUCUCUCUCCCUCUCUCUUUCGAGGAUCAGAUUGUGCUCUGAAGAGGUUGGGAUUUGUUCCUGUAACUUUGGGUAGUGCGCCCCAAUAUUUUCGUUUGUUGAUGUUUGUCGGAGCCAGAAUAAACAUUGCUUUUGGCUUUUCCCCCGAGAGUGACCUUGUCGGCCUCCGGAUCGCCGCAGGGAUAAAGGAACCCCGGCUCGUGGGUCGGGGUGGACAGAGGGUCUCUCCUUCCCAGGGCCUUCUGUGUCUCGUGCUCUGCCUCUGGCUUCUCCAGAGCAUGGUCUGGUUGCUGUCAGUCUCCAGGCUCUGCCUCAAUCCGCUGUUGGCCUCUAACUUCUAGAUGGACUCUUGCCACCCUUUUUUCUUUAAAUACCCUUCUUACCAAAGUAAUUUCUACUACUCUCUCAAGUUACCUCUGACCAAGACAGGAGCUCCAUCUGUGUUGGCACCUCUUCACCACAUGCCCUGCGUGCCAGCCUCGGCAGCGGCUGCGGCACCGGGGACUCGUCAUUCGGCCGUCGAUGCAAAUGGGGGAGCAGAGGCUGCUCCCGCUCCUCCUGCCCUGCCUCCACCAGCAGAAAUCUCCAUUUGCAGGGGGAUUUUCUUGGUUUCUCUUUCACGUUUCCUGGCUCCUCUGUUCAAAUCCGAAGCGGUAGUUCAGCAGAAUUUGUUUUGACAAAAGCAAAGGAUAUUCCCAGCCAAUUAAAAAUAUGGUAAUGGAAAGAUGGGAAAGAAACGCAGCGCUUCCUCUGCUUGAUGGGUUUGUUGUUUGCUGUCACUGUGCUUAGAGGGAUUAAAAGUGCAUGCUGGAGGUCUGUGUCAGAUGGGAUGUUAAGCUCCUGAGCUAUAACCGUGCUCUUGGGAGCAGUGAAAUAUUAAUUCAUUACUGGUGGGGAUGGAAGGAUUCCUUCAGUACUUUUCUCUUUGGUCUGUAUGCUUUCUCAUGUGGGUGCGUACACACAAUUGUAUCUCUUGCUGCUGGUGACCGGAAUCUAGAAUUGUUUAGAUAGUUUGUCUUCUGAUCUGGUGUCUGAGAUGCUUUGCAAGGACAAGGUUGGGCCAGGUGAGGAAGGCCAGAGCUCUUGGAAGACCUGGUCCCACAUCCCUCCUCCCGCAUGAGGGGCCCUGUGGUCCUGCACGUGUUUCUCUCUGGAUUAUGACUUGCAGCCAUGGGUAGCAGUGGCCUGAAUUGUUCAUCAUCCUCUUCCUCUUAGACACUGCAAUGGGUACCUGAUGUUGUGCAAGCACCCCAAGCAGGCAGCCUGAAUGCAGCUCGGAGUGUCGGUGCCUGCUUACUGCCUCCUCCCAUGGUGUUGGGUUAAUUGGUGGGUGAAGCCACGUAAAUACACCGGAGUGUAAAACUGGACUCCUUAGAAGUAUCUUGGGAGGGUUACUUUCUUGUGUACUGAGUGUGCCAUGGCUGCUAGAAGUCUGUGUCCUGAUUUUCUUCAGUGUGUUAGAAGGCACAGAUGACAAGCUAUGGAUAGUCUUGAGGUGGCACCUUGGGCUGUUUUCAGAGAUGUCACUCUUAGCAGAAAUCAAGCAUAUGGAAUUUAAGAGGUGGCAAGAAACUGGAGAUACCUCCAUCCUCUUACUCUGGGUGUGCUGGAGAAGCAGAAGCCCUUGCCUCCACAGACAGGAUCUAUGAUCUCUUCCUUUCUCUCUUUGUCUUUUCAUUCACUGCUAUUUGGUCAUCCUCUCUCACCACUCCUCAAGGGUUAAAAGUCCCUGGGUUCUGCUGUGCUCACUGGAAAGGAACACAUGAGAAGCAUUUCAAAGGUGUCUGGCAGUCUGUGGUUCAACUCCCAGCUUUUCCAUAGCUUCAUGCUCGUUUCCACUCCUGCUUGUUCAUUGAGUUGGUAAAGGCAGAAGGUGAGGAGGAUUUGCCUUAAUCUCCAUUUGUAAGCUGCUGGCACAGGAACACUGAUAUCCUGGCAUCUCCUUUGAGACAAACUCUCUCCCUACUACUUGGCCCCUGAGCGCCAUAGCAAAAUCUGUGAAGGCUGAUAUGCAGAGUGCUAGAAGGUUGAGUUACUUUCUCGUAGGCAGCUGGAGAAGCACGUACAGGUUUACAUCAGGCAGCAAGAAAGGACAGACUCUACAGCACUGCUGGUUCUUAACAGGAGGCGCAGACUUAUAACAUCAGCACUUACUGAAUUAAUUUACUGUGAAGCACCAGUAAAGCUCACAGUUCUUCUGGUGAAUUCCAGUUUUGAGAAAAAUCAAGAAAGUAAUUACUUGGUUCGGUCAUUAAUUACUCACUACUGGACAUUUUCAAAGGUGUAGUAUGAAAGGCCUGAGGCAGCUAUCAAGAGCAGUUCUAAUGCUAUUGAUCUAUUUGUGUUUAUUGUGAAAUCUCUCUGCUUUUAUGACAUUUUAUUGAACUGGAGGGGACAGAUGUGUGGAGCCAGGGAGCGUGAGCUGCUAUCUCCCAUGCUUGGCUACUGCCAUUGCCCUCUUGGUGGGGUAGUGGUGACUUCUCAGAGCACCCCUUGGAGGAAAGUGUGGCUGACUGGUGGGAACUGGGAACUCUAACCAUUGCCCAUUUGUACAACCCAGGCAGUGCUUGGGCACGAUGAGAGAUCCUCUGCCUUGGACCAUGCUGCUGGUAAGACAGACCCACUGCCGGAGGGGAGGGAGGAGCAGAGCCAAAUAAAGUCACUUGCUCUUGGAAGAGAAGCAUUCAGAUAUCCUGGCAUCCAGAUCUGGCCCAUUCUUAAGUGGGUCAGUUGGCUCUUGAAUGCCUUUCACUGGCACUUCCAUUAUUAUAUCUGCCUGAUGACAGUUCUUCAAGCAUUCCCCAUGCUGCAAACAACUCCAUGCUUCCAUUUAUGCUUCCCUUCUUGUGGUUCAGUAGAAUCACAGAAUUAUGGAAUGGGUUGGGUUGGAAGGGACCUCAAAGCCUAUCCAGUUCGACCCCUGACAUGGGCAGGGACAUCUCCCACUUGAUCAGGGGCUCCAAGCCCCAUCCAAUCUAGCCUUGAACCCCUCCAUAAAUGGAGCAGCCACCACUGCUCUGGGCACCCUGGGCCAGGGCCUCCCCACCCUCACAGCAAAACGUUUCUGCCUAAGAUCUCAUUUCGAUCUCCCCUCUUUCAGUUGAAACACGUUCCCGUUUUUCUAUCCCUGCACUUCCUGAUAACACCACUGUGGCCAUUCACUUUGAAACUGGACAUUAUCUGGGAAAAAAGUUAUUUUCCAAGGAACUGAGGCCAGGAGGGGCAGACAGAGGAUGCCUAGGAGGUGGUAGAUGAUGCUUUCCUUCUUCUGUAGCCCCUGGGAUAAUCCUUUCCUGUUCCUUCAAAUCGAAACAGUCCAGCUGCCACCCCCGAGUGCUGUAGUGCAGAGAUGAGGUUAAUCCAGGCGAAAGAGAAAGGUGGAAGCCAAAAGCUGCACAUCUGUCUUCCGGUGAGCUGGAAGUGUAGCAGGGAACGGUGACAGCUUCUGGAAAAGGGCAGGAUUGUCAUUUGGUUUCCAGGGGGUUUCUCUAGGUGGACCAGGGUCUCAUGAGGUUGGUCUUGGUUGAAGCAGGAUUAGUUCUGGCUUUUUUUCCCAGCAGUGAAAGGCACGGGCUUCCCAUGUACGAACUUAGUCAGAAAAUGCCACCAUGCCAUUAUUAUUAAUUGUUUUGCCUUGUACCUCAAAGAACUGGAAAAAGCAACACACAUUUAACAGUGCCAAAGGGAUGCGGCUGUUCGGCUCGUGCCCGCUGGCCUUUCUCCUUCUCCCAUUGUACUCGGUAUGCAAAAUUGAAUCACACCCUUCUCACCCGCUUCCCACCGGGGGAAAGGUGGCCUUUAAAUCGUAAUAUGAUUGCAGACGAUGUAGCAGAAGAGGAAAAUGAGAUGAACUUUAAACUCCCCUUUGCUUUACAAAUUUGUUCAUGUCUUCCCUCACAGCUGCUUCGUCAUGCCUAUUAGGUUUCCCAUUUUCUGGGCAGGAAAAGUUGAAGUGAAUGUUAUUAUCUAUUCAGCAUCUGACUUGGUGCCUUCCUCCCCUCCUUUGUCUGUUUUAAUCAGAAAUUUUCAGAGGUUUUGAUUGGGCUGCUUUGAUCAGAGCACAGAAUCCCCCAGAUAUGGGAUCGUUAGCUCUCAUUAGCAGAAGAAACAGUUUUCUGUGAUGGUGCCCAUCCCCAUACAGCUAAUUGAAGAAUCAUCAUGGUAACUUUACUGCCUCAUUACUUUUCAUGGAUACCUUAGAUGCCUCCAAGAACUGACCAGGCUGAAAAGGAGCAGGAUAGAAAAAAAAGAGCGGAAGGGACCGGUUGUUGAAUUAAUUAGCAACCACUAAAGGAAGCGCGUUGCAUCUCUCUGUGCAGCAGUGCUGGUGGAUGAAAUUACGAAAAUGAAAUUAAGAACUUGGCAAGUUUUAUAAGGAGGCUGGGUUGGUAUUUGCAUAUCAAACGUCAGCAGAAUUUUGGGAACAGUAGCAUGCGUUUUGAAAGGGAUUUUGCUCUUUGUGCUUGAAGAGUUAAAUCAGUUUGGGGCUAUUAAAAUACUGAAGAAGGAGACCUGAUUUGCACAAGUGCUGUCACUAGGAAUCUUAUACUUCAGGCUGGCAUGUCCCCAGAUUGGACACUGGACAAGAUGGCCACAAGCCUGCUCCUGCCUGUCAGUUCCCCUGCUCUUGGGUUUGUGAGGAUGGGAUGGAGGAAAUGGAAAGGAACAGGCAGGAGGGAGAAUAUUUAUUAGCAAAGAGGAACAUCUCUGCAGCAGGCUGAGAGCCAGUGGGUCUGCACCAGCCACGGAGGAGCCUGUACUCGGAGCAGGUCACAGAGCUGGAUCUCAGCCCUGGCACUUCUGCAGUCAUUUCAAUUAAUGUCACCGUUCACGGCAGAGCUCAGGGAUGGGAAAUCUGCACUACUGUGAAAUGUGAUAGUGUUGUGCCCUGGGGUGGUUCUUUGGAAAGUGCUGAAAUAUGCAGUGCCAUUUCCUGAAGAGAAGAAGGUGUGUGAGAAGAACCUCAUACCUGAGGGCUCCUUACUUGGUAGUGCCAGAAUGGGACCCACCCAUUUAAGUUGAACGCGAAAGGCCUAUGUGGGAGCAAGACAUCUUUUUCUUCUUCAUGUAAUUCCUCUUUUUUUUCUUUUGCAGAAAAAGUAUCUAGCUGCUGGAACAGAUUAUCAGUAGAUGCAACCAGUUCUCCCUCGCUGCAAAUCAUCCAGGUGCCUGAAUACUUUUCCUGAUGGACGAGGGGACCAGAAUGGCAGUACAGCUUUGUGCCGUCGCCUGGCUUGAAGGACAGACACAGCUUUGUGGACACCUGCAGAUGACUUUGGAACAAGUCAGAAUAAAGACAGUGGCAUCGGUUGGCAGGAAGGCACAGCUGGCUGCAUGCUGAACACCCAGCCCUCUCAGCCUGUCCUUCUAUGGGAGCUACUGCAGCCCUCAGAUCAUCAUUGUGGCCUCCUCUGGACUUGCUCCAACAGCUCCAUGUCGUUCCUGUGGACACCUGAGGACUCCAGAACUGGACACAGGAUUCCAGGGCAGAAGGGUGAUCUGCUCACGUACCUGAUGCUGGGGGCGCUCCACACGCUGGCAGCAAAGAUGAAGCUCCAGGGCAUGAUUAAGAGAAGGUGAAGGAGCCCGGAGGAGCGGGUCCAGAGGUGGGCUGGGGAACAACCUGAGGACUUCAACAUAUCUGCACCAGUGGCUAUGAUUUAGAGAAACUAGAGGUCAAACAGAAAUUGCAGUGGUGAUCUGCAAGCUGUCAGGACCGGCGAGUGGAGCAAAGUUGCUUCAAGUCAGUUGGAAUCUGAGAAAGCUUACCCAGGCUCGGAGGGUGGAGGACAGAGAGCUGCAAAAGCUGCGGAUCAGUGGUGGGACGUUGGGGCAGGAGCAUCUUCCCCGUGGCGGAAGGAAAUUGCCACACACGAGACCUGUCAGCUGUGACGAGGGUAAAUGGUACAAAAGCACAGCAAGUAAACUGGAGCCUGCUGGCUCAACGAGCAUGUGCUGGGAUUAACCUGCUGCCAAAUGGCUUCACUGUGUUUCUGUAGUGGCUCCUGCAGCCCUGUCAGACGGUUCCUCAAAAGGGUGAAGAGGAGAUGUCAAUGUGUUUCUUCAUGCAUCCGACACUUGCCAAGACCUCUGACAUCCCUACUCCUGUUCAACUGCAGAGAGUUCUCGGGAACACUGCAGUGUCUGAAUUUAUUUUGGGUUGAAGAUCUUAGCACCCCAUGCUGAUGCUGGGAGAAUGCUCUGGGAAAGAAGCAUUUGUGAAGACAACUCUCCUUUCUGCAGCACAUGGCAAAGCACUGGAGCGAGUCCCUGUGUGCUGUGUCUUAAACCAUGUAUGGGGAGUUGAAACAUAGAGCAUCACAGCACCAGAGAGGAUCGGAACCACUCAGAGCAUUGUUUGUGCAACUUGCUGGUGGCACUGGAGAUCUUCCCCUGCAGACCGGAUCCCAGGAAGCAUUCCUGCCCCUACUGCUCCGACUGCCAGUGCGAGAUUACCGCUGGGCUUGGUGCUGGAAAUGGGCCUGGAGAAGGACCUCUUGCAGUUGUGUUUGGGUGUUCCUGCUAUGGCUGGUGAUGAACUUGCUUUCAGCCUGCUGUACUGGUCUUCCCUGGCUCCAGCCCUGCACACCCCCGUGCCUCGGGGUUCACCACCAGACUCCCCAGGAUGGGAAGGACUUGUUUCUUGCCUGUUUGAUGCAGGCACCCUUCUCCUCCGUGGAGGGUUUCUAAGAUGCGGUAUCUGAAAUGCUUCUGGCUGCUGCUCUUCUUGGAAGCACUGAGGAGACAUAUACCAACUUCAGCCCACUGGAGGUGGCUACGGAGCCGCUGAGCUUCUGCCUGCAGACCUCGGAGUGCAUGCGAACCUCUAAGCAUCAUGACUCCAAGGAGCAUCGCAGCGGUGUAGGGAGCAACGGACAUGUGCAUCUGCUGAGGGAGGUCCUGUGAUGGCGAGUGUGCCAGAUCUGGAAUGUUCAGAGGCUGAAAAAGACCAAGGAAACAUCUCCUCAUCUUUGUGGGUCUGUGUCUGGCAGUACAGUUUGAUGCCACUCUAUUUAAGUCUGUGUUGCUUGGACCUGAAAAGACGCUUUUGCUCUGCUGAUGGAGAUAUGUGGAUGAAGGGGAAAAGGCUGGAAUUAAGGUGACAGCUCUCAGCUUCUGUAAGCUAGACCUUUGUUGCAGAGUAGGAGAAUAGCAUCAGGAUCGCUCAAAAAGAGAAAAAGACCCCAUCAGAAAGAAAACCUCCUGCUAUGUCAUCCAACAGAGCUUCCAGUGAUAUAGCCUUUCCCAGCUCCAUUGAGGACCAUCCCUCAUGUACUAAAAGCAUCGUCGCUGUAAGCAAGAAGACUGUUGUGGGAUUUAUAUUUCCUCUCUCAGCUAUGGCAGCUGCAUUGGAAGGGCUCUCCAGGCAUCAUGUUCCCUUGGGGUCACUGGCACUUGGGACCAAGCUUUUCGGUGUUCUUGUCCCGUCUCUCUUCGCGGUGCUGGUUAUUUAUGUAUUCCCUCUGCUCCACGAGGUUGCCUGGGGGUCUGCCAAGGUGCCAGGCACAGUUAGUCACAAAUUCAUCCUUCAGCUGCCGGUGCUGAAUGAGGAGGAAUGGUGGAGAGCUGGCAGACAACGUCCAGUGCUCCCAGUACCUGUCCCGCAGAGCACCCAGCAAGCGUGCUUCAGAGGCACAGGGCUGCUGCACCCGACAGCGAGUGGAGGUGCCGGACCUGGCUGGAAGAAGGAGCGUUGUCUUGAGCGGUGGAACAUUCUGGGGGUGUCCCCCCUGUCGUCAUGCAGUGCUGAGGUGGGGACAGCCACACUGGCUGGAGGGCACGGGCUUGGCCUGAAGGACUCUCCUGAAACAUUUCUGUUCCUGCCAGUUACGCCGUCUGUGUGCCCAUUGCUGAUGGAGCCGUUGCAGAUGAAAGCCACUGCCCAGCGUUCCCUAGCAGAACUCCCCGUGGCAGUGAUGGACAUGUUCAAUAAUACUCUGGAUAAAGAAGCUGGGCGGAGGCAAAGGAUUAAUUGCAAAGGAUGUCAAGAAGGAAGAAAUAACAUGUUUAAACAUAUGGGCUGGGAUUCCUCUCACCUCACCAAUCAUGUAAAAAUUAAGUGCAUGUUCAUUUUAUUUCUCCCUGAAGUCUGGGCAAAAGCAAGUUUCCAGAAGGUGAUUUGUCCUGUCCCAAAGGAGUAUCCGUCAUGGACGGGUUCAGAGGUUCUCUGGAGUCUUUUUCAUCCUGUUGACAAUAAGAAGGAGUAUAGACAACUUCUAGAUUAAAUACGUGACUUUUAGUUAGAGCUGCUAGCAGAGAAAAGCCCUCUUCCCUCCUGGAAAAAAGCACAAAUAACUGUAAUUUCACAAAAUUUCUGUCAGUGAGGUUUCAUUUCUUAAACAGCCCUGAUUGUCAGGAAGCGCCGAUGCAUUUGAAGAUGCGUGGUGGUUGUAAGCUGUUGUGAAGAAAGGGUGAGUAACUGCUGCUUUCUGGCUGGUGGUGUGAUUGAGUUUUCUGAUGUCACUUCUUGGCUUCAGAGUUGAUGGCCAGAACCUUGGUGCUUGCCAGGAGUUGCCCUGCCCAGUGCUGAAGACCUGGGCAAGUAAGAAAUGUUCCUUUCAGUUUCUGUGGAAGAGCUGUAGUCUUACUAAAAGCCACUGGGACUUUGUCUCCUGCAUCCCCAGAUAAUGUUAGCAAACAGACUGGUGUGCCAGAUGGGUGAAAAACAGAGCUGUUGCACCUCAAAGCAGAGGGCAGGCUCUCCUGCUGGAGUAGAAAGCAGGAAGGUAUUUUCUCUGUCUGUUUACCUGAUGGGUCACUGCUGCUUUGCUUCACUGCCUGAGUGUUCUUUUCCUUCUUCUUUCUGGAGGCAAGCGUGAACGUGUUUUACAUCUGCUCUUGAGGCACCUGGAUUAACACCAGCUUGCGGAGCCCAGAGUGUUCAUUAUUCAUCACCAGCAGGUCCUGAAAUUGCAACGCGUGUCUCUUCUGGUGUGAAAACAUUAAUAACUGCUUUGGGUUUCACGAGACCAGCACUCACAGUGCCAGAGCUGGGGGCGUGCAACCAUCUCGUCCUUCCAGGACAUCUGAAGAUGCCCCCAGGACCACUGAGCCAGUGGAGCAGGCGUCUCAGCUACAGGAGUUUCCAAGCUCUGCUGUUAAUACCAGCACAUGAUUUGAGAGACAGCGCGUCCUCCUCGACAGCCAAAGGGAGUUGUGUCCAUUGCCCAACCCUGCCACGCAGCCUCAGCAGCACUUUGGGGUGGAAGAGGAGGAUGUGCGGUUCAGACAGGACACUGCAGGUUGGUCCUUGUACCCUGUGAAGAACCCAUGCUGCCAAUAAACCUAUCCAGCAACCUCCUGGGGGAAGAUCCUCUGCCUUUUGCGUUGUUAACGUCUUCCACCCCCUUCAUGCUAGAUCUCCCUCUUCCCUUUGAUCUCAAGCACUCCAGACUCCCCUGAAGACACUGGUCUGGAGGCUAAUGAGGAACACACUUGACCUUUGCAGACGUGUGAUUAAAGAGUACCGGAGAAUGUGGGAGAAGCAAAAAAGCUUCUUUUGGCUUCAUCCUCCCAGCUUGUUGUUUGUUAUGGAAAAAUGAGGGAGGGGAGCAGAGAGGGAGAAGCCGAUCCCUUCGCAGGUAAAGCUUCGCACCCCUGAGUGGAUCCGCGUGCAGAGACUGGGCCUUUGUAGUGUUGUGUCAGACCCAGACGUGACCCGACAGACCCGUGUGCAUCCAGAGCAUCCUCAGGAGUUUGAACAGAGCAGUCACCCAGCUGGUACCUGAGGCAGGUCUCUGCCAGGCAGGUGGGAGAGUCCAUUCGCUGCAGGACACCUCAGGCACCCCAGAUGCCGUCGCAGCUAUGGCAGCACUGAGCUCAUUCUGAGCUGAUGUACGGUGAGAGACUGCACCUGCAGCCACCUCCAUGAAUGGGUGGAAAAGUGGAAAAGCGAUUCUCCUUCUGUGGAUGAGGAAAUGAGGCAUGUAUGGAGAACAUGCAUGGAGUUCUACAACAAAGGGGGAGGAGGAAGCCAACAAAUACAGAUGACACCGCAUCCCCAUGUGAACUUUUUCCUUUAAAGUAAGAAGUAAAUGGAUUUUCCCCAGAGAAGGAGGUGCUGCCCUCGAACCCCGUCCGAGCACAUCCUAAAUGCCAUCAGGGUGUCCCGCAAGCACAGGCAGCUCCACGCGAACAGGGAGCAUUUACAGACCUUGCUCCGUGAAACAUCAUCAUCCAAGGGUCUGCAGAGACUGGGCUACGCUGGCUGAACACAAAACAUUGCCUCGGAUCAGCGACCCCGUCAUUUUGCCUACAGAGUCAAAACAAGAGUCUUGGAAGAGAAAGGAAGGCAGGUGAAGGGAACAAUGGGAGCACGGUGCACGUGAGGAGGAAGAUGUGAAAGGUGGAUCGGGAGAGAGAAAGCUCGGUGCUUGCCCAGGGACCCAGCUGAAUGUUGGGCACUCCUCUCCCAAGCGUCGCCUGAGGGCUCAAGUCUUCAAUCUCCUCUGGCCACCGCUCCAGCAGACCUGUGAAUACGCAGAGACCUGAAACAAUUUUUCCGAAUCCACGAGUUUCUGACUGGAGACUGAAGGGAGGCCCAGGAGGAGGCAUCGCUGUUUAUGAUGAUCAGUGCUUGGGAUUUGUCCAGAAAAAAGAGCCGAAAAAUGCACGUCCUUUGCCAGUGGAGCCUGCUUUUCUUCUGGUGAAGCCACGAAUGGUGUCAGAGGAGCUGCUCCAGCCCUCGGAUCAUCUCCUUGUCCUCCUCUUGACUCGCUCCAACAGCUCCAUGUCCUUCCUGUGCUGAGGACUCCAGAACUGGACCCAGGGCUUCAGGUGAGGUUUCACCCGAGUGGAGCAGAGGGGCAGAAUCCCCUCCCUCCCUGCUGGAUGCAGCCCAGGACACGGGUGGUUUCUGGGCUGCCAGCACACAUUGCUGGCUCAUGUUGAGCUUCUCAUCCCCAGCACCCCAAGUCCUUCUCUGGAGAUGCAGUGCUUAUCUUUAUAUUUACUGCCCGACCUUUAUAUAUUAGGAUUUUAUGUUAUGUUUUAUGUGCUUUGCCUUUUCACAGCUGUGCGGAGCAAGGAGCGCUGUGACGGCUCCACUAUUGCUGUUCCAUUAUAAAUACACGCACAGUACAUACAAUUACAGAACUUUAAUGCCUGGUAUAAUUACUGUCUGCAGUUUGCAUUAAUGCUCUGGGUUAUAUAGGGAUGUGAGCCGUUCAGACACCAAGAGACCUGCAUCCCAAGGGGCAGCGGAAAAUCACUGCUUACAAUCUUGCUAUUAAUUAUUGUGCCUUGCGUGGAGGCUGAGGCUUUCCAAAGCGCUUUGCACCCACAGUUGAUUGAAAUGCCUACGUGGGAACACCGCCGCUGCAUGCAGCCUGCAGGCAGGGUGCUGCCUUCUAAUGAAGCAAGGGUCUUUAAUUUUAUCCUUGUAAUACCAAAAGGGAAAAAUUGAGGAGAGCAGCACGUGUAAGGAAGAGAAUGUACAACUGGCUGAAGCAUCUUAAAAUGUGCAGGAUUUCUCCCAUAUGAGGAUGAGCUGAGAGAGUGGGGGUUGUUCAGCUGGAGAAGAGAAGGCUCCAAGGAGACCUUCCAGUACUGAAAGGGGCUGCAAGAUAGCUGGGGAGGGACUUUUUAUCCAGGCAUGUAGUGAUAGGAUGAGGGGGAAUGGCUCUAAAUUGAAAAGCAGAAGAUUUAGACUAGCCAUAAGGAAGAAUUUCUUCACAGUGAGGGUGGGGAGGCCCUGGCCCAGGGUGCCCCGAGCAGUGGGGGCUGCCCCAUCCCUGGAGGGGUUCCAGGCCAGGUUGGAUGGGGCUUGGAGCCCCUGAUCCAGUGGGAGGUGUCCCUGCCCAUGGCAGGGGGGGUGAAAUUAGAUGAUCUUUAAGGCCACUUCCAACUCAAACAUUUUAUGAUUGUAUGGUCUCCUCGUGUUUCUUGCCCAGAGAUGCUGGGGACCUCCCCUGCUCUGCAGAGGAACUUGUGCCCCUGCUCGCUCUGCUCCUCCUGGGCAGGGCAGCACCUGCUCGCAGCCCUCCUGGAGGAGCGACAGGAUUUAUAGGUGUUCAGUGGAUCCAUGUGGACCCAGAUGCCAAGAAACAGGGCAUCUCCUGCAACAGCGGGGAGCGGGAAACCCUCCAGACAGCCGUGCCUGAGAGCCUCGGCUGUUUUCCCUUCAAGGAGGACGGCCGGGGGGGAAUGACAGCAAAGAGUUUAGUAGGCUUGAUUGGACUUAGCUGAAAAACUUUGAGAGAAAGGGAAAAGAAAGCGCUGAGGCAGCUCCUUUUUGUGUCUUUGAACUUCAGGUUUUGAAAAGAGGUGGGGAAAAUCUUAAGGAAUUAACGAGGACUACUGGGAAAUUACUCAGGAGAAACUUUCAGUCCUCUCAGCUUGCAAAGAACUCGAGAAAAACCCUCUCUCUCUCUGUAUAGAUAUCUCUCCAUCUGCCUUUGCACGCACGUGUGCGAGUGCCCCCCCCGGCCCAGGCAGCCGUCCCACUGUGUCUCGCUCAUCUCUGUUAAUGAUGUAUUAAUUAUUUGGUUUGUUGACACUGCGUCUGGGAAGGGUGAGCGCUGCCUUUCUCACUUCAGGGGCUGCGGAGGAGGCAGAGGCAGCUCGGCAAGGACCCAGCCACGUGUGCUGAAACUCAGCCUUGAUCACAAUAGCUCUGCUUUCAGGAAAUACCAACUUUUAUUUGUCAAAAAAAACCCUUCCAGAUAAAUAUUCUUGGAUGAAAACCUAUAAAAAGCACAGACCAACAAACUAUUUUUUAGGCAUUUCUUUUUCUCCCAACAAGAAUAUAUCUGUCAAGAGAAACAGAUGCUUGCGAUGAAAAAUCUUCUUUAAUUACAACUUUGUCACAAAACCUGCAGACAGAUUUCUUUUUCCCCCACCCCAAGCCUAUUAAAAUGUACAUGAAUGGCUGAGGUGUGAAAGCUCCGGUCCCUGGCAGGGGGUGGAACUGGAUGGGCUUUAAGGUGCCUUAAGCCACAGCCCAGUCUGUGAUUCUGUGAUAAUAUGAUAUUUAAAUGCACUAUUUCCCUACUGAGCAGGCUGAGGACCAGCGAAGCCACAGCUCCAAAUGCAUGGACAAAUUCAAGUUGCUUAAGUUCUCCUAUGUUUAAGUGCAGUGUUGAGCCUAACCUUGAACCUUCCCCACCUGCAUGCGGUGUCUGUCUCUUUUUGGGACCAUCACCUCUGUGAACAAUCCAGAUUUCCCCCUCCAGAGUUAAGGACUUCUGCAAAUCGGGCCACAUAUUUGCUUAAUAAAAUACAAGUUUAAGAUCUGGCCAUCGGUCAGGCACUUCUUUCAACCACUCACUAUUUCUUCUGCAAUUCUCAUUGUGUAUCCAGUAAAUGAUGCGGCUUUGAGCCCCCCGAUCCCGUGGGAGGUGUCCCUGCCAGUGGCAGGGGGUGGGACUGGAUGGGCUUUGAGGUCCCUCCUGAUCCAAGCCAUUCUCUGAUUCCAUGAACCCAGGAACUGGCUUUACGUUCCCUUCCAACCCAAACUAUUUUGUGACUCUAUGAAAUACUUUCUUUACUAACUGCAUUAAAGCACUAAGCAGCCUCUUUGCUUUCUCGGGGCUGAUCUGCUCUCCAGGAGCUUGCAGACGAUGGCAAUGUGACAUAAAUGUUAAAAGCAGUUUCUCCAGCACAGCAUUUCCCUGAGGCUGGCACAACACCUAUUAUCCAGCGGAAUAAAGUUCUGCCAGAGAGAGUGGCAGGAAUGCAAGGUUGAUAUUUCUUUAUUUAUUGGUUACAGUAAUUGGCCAGAACAUGGCUGAGGAGUUGGAUGAAAAUAAUCAAUAGUUCUUGUCCACUAAUGAAUGAUUUUCCAGCAGUGCUGGUGUAAAUAGGUUUCAUUAAAAUAGCAAAUCCUCCCAAACAAGAAAAUUACGGAGAGCUUAUGAAACCUAUAAAAUUGCAUGGGUCUGAAUAUCUGACAGGGAUGACAAAUAUCUGCUAUUGUUAUUUUUGGUAAACAGAUUUUCUUUUCAAUUUUCACUCUCGUCACUUAAAUAAUAACAAUACUUAGCAAAUCCA